AUGGACCCGCACUCGACAAGAUCCCAGUUCAACCGCCGCCCUCCAAAGGCUGGUCCUCUUCCUUCAGCGACGAGAUACAUGGAACCCCCCUCCAAAAUUUCUCUCGAAAAGUUCGCAAAAUCAGCAUCGUCGGGAAAGCCAAAGGCCAAGUCACCGUCUGCUGGCGCCGACCCUUCCUCCCCGCUCUUCACCUCCCGUCCGAUCGCUACCAACUCUCGGAUAAAGCAGGAUGAACAAUUCAAGAAAGAUAUGUACCUCGCAUACAUCAACAAGGCUCUUCAGGACAGACUCAACGGCGACAGCAAAGGCUUCGACGACCUCAUCGACCAAUUCAGUCCUAAGAACCUCUCAGGCAAUGCACCCGUACCCGCCUCUCAACUUCGUCUCUGGCUCGUCGCCCUUUCCCAUGUUCUCUCGCGCCUCGAACGACGCCACGCUCCGCUCGUCGAAGCAAUCGUCAACAUGCCCUGGACAACGAUGGAUGCCGCCUUUGUAAAGUCAUAUACCAUGUUCAUUGGCAUGCUCCUAAGCGCCAGGCCAGAAUACCUCUCCCUCGUCCUCGCUAGGAUCGCCCAGGGCUUCACCCAUCAGUCUGGUCUACAAGCCAUCAACGUCGCAGACGCUAAUUCUUCUGCAAGUCCGAUAACUCGGAGGGUCGUGUACGACCGUCUCCAUUACCUGCUCAACCAUUUGCUCAAUCUCAUCCCUACGCUCCCGAAUACACUCCAACCCAUACUCGUCCGCAACUUCCCUCACAAGCGCCAACCACAGGUUGCUCAUGUAACCUACAUCCGCAACAUCUUACGAAUUAUGGAGUACUGCGCUGAACUCGCAGACCGCAUAUUGGCCACUAUUAUAGAACGAGCAAUUCAAGUCGAUGUAGAGAUCCAGGUCGAACUUGAAGAGCUCGAAGAACUCGAAGACCAGCAAGGCUACGGCGACGUUUUUGAGUUGGACCCCUUUGACACCAUCGUUGGGCAGGAUGCUUCUGACUCCGAUUCAGAAGAUGGUUCGGAUACAGGCGACUUCGACGACAUCUCAUCUGAUGAGGACGACGCCGAUUCGGAUGGGCCGGAGCUCACGACGGACGCCGCGCACAUCCACGCCAUGGUUGGCAAGCUCGACGCUAUACUCAAACUCAUCUUCGAUCACUUCAGCAAAAUUCACACUGCCGCAGAUCAUCCGCCAUCCCCUUCGUCAUCCUCUCCGCCCGAAUCCUCUCCGCUACCACCUCUGCCGUCCCUCCCUGAUACCCCCAUCACCCACCAUUCGCGCGCACGAACAAACAGUGUCAGCAGCACCAUCACCGCCACUCCAAUAGUAGCUACCACCGCUACCGUCAACGGCCACAAUCCAGACACCAUAAUAAAGGAAGCAGACUCCCCCCGCCCCGCAUCCCCGCUCGACGCCGAACACUCCCAUGCCCUCCGCACCGCACAGUUCCACACCCUCCUGGGGAUCUUCGACCGUACGAUCCUGCAUACCUUCAAGUCCCGCUACACCCAGUUCCUCCUCUUCUGGUACACAUCGCUCUCGCCCGAGUUCGCGGACCUCUUCCAGGGCCUGCUCGUCGAGAAGGCGCUCUAUGGCGCGUCCUCCGGGGCUGGGGCUGGAGCUUCGGGCGCAGGCGCAGGCACAGGGACGAGUGUGCCAGCUGUGACACGCGCUGUAGCUGCGAGCUACAUCGCGUCAUUCGUCUCGAGAGCGACAUUUGUGGACAGGGACGGGGCGAGGGAGGUGACGGGUGUGCUGUGCAGGUUUUUGGCGGCGCAUCUGGAGUGGGUGGAGGCGACGAUCGCGGCGGGAGGGGAGAUGCCUGGGAUGGCGCAUCAUACGGUUUUCUAUGCGGUUACGCAAGCGGUGUUUCUUAUCUUCUGUUUCCGGUGGCGGGAUCUACGUGAGGAUGGGAUCGAAGGAGAAGGCGAGGGUGAGAGUGCGAGGGAAGAAGGGCGGAGAGGGGGAACGGGAGCACGAUGGAAGGGGAGCUGGAUGCCCGAGCUAGGUAUCGUGCAGAGGGCGAUUACGUCGCCGCUCAACCCGCUCAAGGUCUGCUCCCCAGGCGUCGUCCAGCAAUUCGCGCGCGUCGCGCAGGCGACCGACUUCAUCUACUGCUACUCCAUCCUCGAAGCCAACAAGCGCUCCGAGUACGCCUCCCAGCAGACCCCCACCCAACCGCAGUCCUCUUCCGCUGCGCACCCCGCGUCUCAGCCGCAGCCUAUGAUCACCACUAUCCCCGGGCUCGCAUUCAAUACGUCGCACCACCACGCAGAGCUCAACUCGUUCUUCCCCUUCGACCCAUACAAGCUUCCCCGCUCGGCGCCGUACAUCGCAAGUGUAUACCGCGAGUGGGCGUCCGUGGCUAUCGACGACGAAGAUGAAGAUGAGGACGAAGACGAGGAGGGGGAUGACGAAGCCGACGCGGGGGAGCGAGCGCACCAUCCAAGUAGCGUCGAUGAUGAUGAUUUUGCCGCCAUCCCAGGUGGCGAGCCAAUGAGUCUCGGUGUCAGCCUUGGCGUGCCGACGAUCAACAUCCCGGGUGUUCCACUGCCCAACGGUGCUAGUGCACAUGAGAAUGGGGACGGAGAGGGCGUUGCGGACGGGCUGGGCGAGUCGUUUGGCGGGAUGAGCAUCAGUCCCGCUGGCCCUCUCAAGAGGGUUUGAGUUUAUACUUGCUUUUUUUCUCGUGCUUUUAUGGAUCUAUCGGGGUUUCGAGAGGCGCAGAUGUGCGCUCUUUACUAAUUAAUUCGUCGCCCACAGGCGUUACGACGAUGUUGAUAUGCUAGAUAGAAUACAAUGCCAGUCUUCCUUCCUCAUAGGCAAUACGUUUAAGAGCGGGUAGGGUAAAGUAGUAAUGCGCGGUAGAUGCAGCAACAGCCAGAAAAGAUGAGGCGAGAGAAAUCAAAGCACAUGUACAUAUAUAUACCCCAAGCCGAAAACACAGCGCACAAGCUCCUCACAUCUCACAAGCGGUGGUCUGUGGCCGAGCAGCACCAGGCCAACACGCGCGCAUCAUUUCGCUCGUGAUGACCGUCCGUGAGAUGUUCUCGAACUCGCGCUUCAGGCUCGGCGCUGCGGCAGUCCCUGACGACGACGUAGCGCCUUUCUCCUCCUCCUCCUUCUCAUAGCUGGGUGUAGAGCGGGAGGACGAGGGCGAGGACGCGGGCGCGGUGCAGAGGAGGAACACCCACUUGGACAGGUCGCACAGCUGCACGAGGCGGAGAGAAUUUCGGCCCGGGCGGACCGCGGG